GAAAAACAAAAAAAUUUAAACGAAAAUGGUGUCUCCUGGGUUAUCUCAUUCUCAGUACUCUCCCAUGGCGAAGCCUCGAAACCGGUCGUUCCCGUGUUUCUCUGAUGGUUUUCUUUACUGUGGUUGUGUAUUUUUAGCUUUUUUGUUAGUUUGCUCAUUUUGGUCGUUUUUCACUCCAACUCUUAACUUCGGCUCCUCUAUUACCGACCCAUGGUUUAACUGCAAGGAAAGUGGGUUCGGAGUUAACUUGAAGUCCGACUCCAAAGACCCGACCUUUUACGACGAUCCAGAGAUGAGUUACUCCAUAGAAAAGCCGGUGAAAGAUUGGGACGGAAAACGAAGAGAAUGGUUAAAGCGUCACUCUUCGUUCGCGGCCGGAGCAAGUGAAAGAAUCGUUCUGGUAACCGGGUCCCAACCAAAGCCAUGUAAGAACCCCAUUGGUGAUCAUUUACUCUUGCGCUUUUUCAAGAACAAGGUAGAUUACUGCAGAAUCCAUGGCUACGAUAUCUUUUACAACAACUUGUUAUUACACCCCAAAAUGGGUUCUUAUUGGGCCAAGUUACCGGUUGUUAAAGCAGCCAUGUUGGCUCACCCUGAAGCCGAGUGGAUCUGGUGGGUUGACUCGGACGCGUUGUUUACAGACAUGGAGUUUAAGUUACCUUUAGAAAGGUAUAAAAACCACAACUUGGUGGUUCACGGUUGGCCAAAGUUGAUUUACAACAGCAAAAGUUGGACCAGUUUAAACGCUGGAGUUUUCUUGAUCAGGAACUGCCAGUGGUCCAUGGAUUUGAUCAGUACUUGGUCGAACAUGGGUCCGAUGGGAAAGGAGUACAAAAAGUGGGGUCAGAUUCAACGAUCAACCUUCAAAGAUAAGCUUUUCCCCGAAUCAGAUGAUCAAUCGGCUCUGAUUUACUUGCUUUACAAAGAAAAGGACAAGUAUUACGACCAUAUAUAUUUGGAAGGUGAGUUUUAUUUCGAAGGGUAUUGGGCUGAGAUUAUGGGAGGGUAUGAAAACACGACGGAGAGGUAUCUGGAGAUCGAGAGAGGGGUGCCGGAGCUGAGGAGGAGACAUGCAGAGAUAGUGAGCGAGCAAUACGGUGCGUUUAGGGAAGGGUUCUUGAAGGAAGCUGGGAAUGGGAGGGGGAGUUGGAGGAGACCAUUCAUCACGCAUUUCACGGGAUGUCAGCCUUGUAGCGGGGACCAUAAUCAGAUGUAUGCUGGGGAAUCAUGUUGGAAGGGGAUGGUUAAAGCUUUGAACUUUGCUGAUAAUCAGGUUUUAAGAAAGUAUGGGUUCAUACACCCGGAUCUACAGGAUUCCUCCACCGUCACUGAAGUUCCCUUUGAUUACCCUGCUGAUGAGGGUCCAUGGUAAAGCAACAAAGUGAAUCAAGACAGCGAUGUAUGCUCCAUUCAUGGCCAUAACUCUGCUCAUCCUUUCGGGUUAUUCACAUUGGGCUGAAAUUGCAAACAGAUUCGAGCCUGAUAGUUCUUGAAACCGGGAUUAGUUAUAGUUUAACUCAGCGCAUUCAACAUGAGUCAGUCCAUUUGGCAAUAGCAUCCUACAUCACAGAAACUUUUAUUUUGAAUGUAAUUGUUUAUAUGUUGAAAUUUACAGAAAGUGGCAUGAAAGUUGAUAUUGUUUCUGGUUUUAGGGUGA